GAAAAAGAUCUCCUUUCUUCGUUGUCUUCGAUCUCUCUCUGUCCAUCUCUCCCUCCCCUCUCUCUCUCCGCAAUAGAAAUGUCAUGGUUGGCGAGAUCCCUCGCGAACUCCCUCAUAUCCGACCACAACAACGACCACAGCGAAGACAGCGACGAAGACGAAAAGCAACAUUCCCUUCCAAGAAACGACCACAAUGAAAAGGAUUCCGAACAACAACAACAACAACAACAAAGCGAUCAUUAUCCUCAGUCCAUCGCGUCGGAUGGAGAAUCCCCAAACACAGCAGGAGGCGUCAAGGAAGAUCUCUCCGAGAUUACCAAAUCCCUCACCCGCCAGUUCUGGGGCGUCGCAUCCUUCCUCGCCCCGCCUCCAACUCCGCCUCAUCCCUCCACCUCAGAUAGCAACCCUCCGAUUUCAUCCGAUCCGUCGGUCUCGCAAGAUCCCGACCUAGAUUCAUCUGCAACUCCUCCGAUCGCCGGGAUCCGCAGCGAUUUCGCUGAGAUCGGCGGGAAGUUCAGGACCGGCAUCUCGCGGCUGUCCAACAACAAGGCGGUCACCGGGUUCUCGAAGAUCGCCUCGAGCUUUCUCCCUUUUGGGUCCGAUGAGAAGGAUUCAGUCGGCGAGGCUGUUGGCGUGACGGACGAAGUGCUGGCGUUUGCUCGGAAUAUCUCGAUGCAUCCGGAGACGUGGUUGGAUUUCCCACUGUUUGUUGAUGACGAUUAUUCAGAUGAUUUUGAUAUGUCUGAUGCCCAACAGGAGCAUGCUUUGGCUGUCGAACAUCUUGCGCCAAGAUUAGCAGCUUUAAGGAUUGAGCUUUGCCCCGGCCAUAUGAGUGAAGGAUGCUUCUGGAUGAUCUAUUUUGUGCUUCUGCAUUCUAGACUCAGUAAGCAUGAUGCCGAACUUUUAUCAACACCCCAGAUUGUGGAAGCGAGAGCGAUGUGGUUGCAGGAGUUGCAGAACCGGACGAAGCCGGAAUCAGACAGGUUUGGGAGAGGUAUAUCCUACACAAAAGAUGCUGCCGAUGCAGUCCCAGAAGAGCGGUUCCCGACAGCUAAUGUUCUCUCCGAAACCACUCCUAUCGCUACGUUUGCAUUUGAACCCACAAGUUCUGUAUCCACAACAGAUAUCGAGACUGACAAGCACCCGGUCGUGACUUCGGAGACGAGAAUCAUUGAUAAGUCUGUUGUUGAAGAAGGGACCGCCAUCCAGACCAAGAGUAAGGAUCUUCCGACCAGUGCCUCGAAACCAUUGGAUCAGGAGUACGACGAUGAAGGGGACGACUGGUUAGAGGAGGAUAAUUCUGAAAUGGGAGGUGCUACCAUUCCGCUUGGCAAUGAGGAGGAUGUUUCCUUCAGUGAUCUGGAGGAUGACUAUGAUGGGAGUGCACCCACGAGUUCCAAAACGUUGGUGGACACAUCUGAUUCUUCGACGAAUGGUUCGAGAGGGUGGGUCCAGCUUGACAAGAGCUCUGGUGAUGCAGCCAAGGGUGGCCGCUCAAUCAGUGACAGACCCCCUCAAGCAGGGCAGUCGAAUGCCAGCCACGAGACCAAGGAAUCUAGUGACUGGCUUAGUGUGGAUGAUAUAGAUGUGGUAUGACACUCCCCAAGAUUCAUGUAAUGUUUGAAACAUGCUGGCAGUCUCUAGAGGUAUUUUAGAUGCUUGGUUCAAGAGUUUCUGCAGUAAUCGUUUGUUCAAGUGGGGCCCAUGGUUCAUUUACCCAGGCAUUGAUACGAUAUCCCCCACCAUGGAUAAUGAUAUCAUCCGCAAAAAAUCCCCAAUAUGGGAAAAUCCUAGCCAUUGAUUCUUUGGCUUCUUUCUGUUGAGCUUCAGACUGUUGCUGCAAUUGCUUAGCCAUCUGUUUGCUGGAAAGACAUUGAGGGGUUGGGACACGAAACAUCUGUUGGCUUCCCAUUGCAUGUGCCAAAGUGGGGCCAAUCAUCUCAACGGUUUGGAUAGCUGAAUCAUGGGGCCCUGCUUAUGCAAAUUGACAACCCAAGCAUACUGUAUAAACUCUCAGGUCCAUGCAUUGCAACAUAUCUCCGGUCUUUUAUAUAUCUGUUUCCUCAUUUGUUUCAUUGGGUUGCAAUGACUGAUAUGUUUGUACAUAUACAAGCCUCCUUGAAGUAAGUUUGUGAAUCUUUUG